AAUCAAUAAUCGGAAAUAAUACUAUGUUUGUCAAAAAUCUUGGCUUAUCGAUACCGCCUGCGUCGUUAUCAAAAGAAAAAAAUGUUAAAUAAAAGAAAAGAAAAUUAUUUAGAUUAAUUUCCAGGAAGUUUCUUCAAACUUAAUUAUGACAAAAGAGAAACAAGUAUAUUUCUCAUGUUCACACACAGUUCAUAACGAAAAAGAAGACAAAAACCCAACCAGCUUACGUAUUAUAACCAAUUUUCGAGCUUCAUCCUCCAUCGCCAUUAGUUCAACCCCUCACCCUCAUCCAUUUGAUCUCUCUCUCUCUCUCUCUCUCUCUCUCUCUCUCUCUAUAUAUAUAUAUAUAUCAUGAAGAACGUUUUUACAAGCAGCAAACACGUUUAUACAACCAUAAAACCGUGCUUGCCUCGUCUUCUCCUCUCACCACUGUUUCUGCUCAUGAUCCUUACCUUACUCGUGGCCCAAGACGACUUGUCGCUUGUAUACACUCCAGUCGACUUUAUCACUGUUGCAUGCGGCUAUACGGGCCCCCUAAUGCAAGAUAAGCAAUAUUGGACUGGAGAUAUGUACUCGAUAUACUCCCCCUUAGAAGAACACCAAGCUGCUAGCAAAUCCAUUGUUAGAGAAGCCCCUCCAUCGUCCACCUCCUCCUUCAUCAAGGUACCUUAUACCUGGGCACGGCUUUCUCACUCUGAAUUUACUUACAGAUUUUCCUUCAAAACUGCCGGCCAAAAGUUCGUCCGGUUGUAUUUCCGCCCGGUUUCUUAUGGCCCUAACUUCGAAAGAUCCAAAGCACUAUUCUCUGUCAAAGCCGGUGGCUUUACCUUUCUCCACGACUUCAAUGCUUCAGUCACUGCAGACGCUUAUGGGGUUGACACUUUGUACAGAGAGUUCUGUUUGAACGUUGAUGACACAAAGAGCCUGAACAUCACAUUUUCUCCAAGCAUGGCAGCAAGUCCAGAUGCGUAUGCCUUUAUCAACGGAAUUGAAAUUGUAUCCAUGCCGAGCAAUCUUUACUACACUCCUGGCCCAAGCUCCAAUAGGCACAACAAGAAAGUAUGCACCGAAGAAAACAAGUUUCGCAUAGAGAACAACACUGCCCUAGAGAUGCUCUACCGAAUAAACAUCGGUGGACCACCAAUCUUAUCCACUCAAGACACUGGCAUGUACCGCCGCUGGGAUGGUUCGGAAGUGGAGAUAAAUUACUUACAGCCGCUAAGUUUAAGUGUGCGCAGUCACCUACAAGAAUUCGGUAGUGAACCUGACUUUGCCGUAAUACCAGCAUAUGCGGCGCCGGAACAAGUUUACCAAACAGGCCUGUCGAUUAGAGCGGAAUUGGAACCAACCAGCAGGAACAUUGGUUGGCACGAACCCGGAGAAGAGUUUCAAAUUUACAUAGACAAGCAAACAGUUGAAGAAAGAGCAGACGUCUUCUUCUGGACCUGUGAUCGUCGUGGCCAUGGCCGUGGGAUUCCUGUGUACAAAGAUUACGUUGUGUCAAUGGUUGGCCAUGAAAGCAUGGGGAAGAAAACAAAUCUUUCUAUCGCACUGAAGGACAAGUACAACAAGGGAAUAUUAUUGAAUGGGCUCGAAAUCUUCAAACUGAAUGAUUCAAAUGGUAAUCUCGGCGGACCGAACCAUGUCCCAGCUCCAUCCAAACCAGUGGAGUCGCAAAGCCCCCCAAAUAAUUCGUCAAAGAAGACGGUGUUUGAAAUCGUUGCUGGUGAAGUUUCCGGCAUACUUGUCCUGAUCUUGAUCCUCGGAUUCUUGAUUUUCCGACUACUAUGGAAAGCUAAGUCCUCGGGCGCCAAUUACACGACGACCAAGUCAACAAUGACCUGCAGGUCAACUUUACCUUCUGAUUUAUGUCUUUAUGUGUCACUGAAAGAGAUCAAAUCCGCCACCAAAAACUUCAACGACAUGUGUAUUAUCGGAGUUGGAGGCUUUGGAAACGUAUACAAAGGAUGCAUCACUGAUGGUGAGACCACAACCGUCGCAAUCAAACGGUUGAAACCCGAAUCAUCACAAGGAGCACGCGAGUUCAAGACAGAAAUCGAGCUGCUCUCCCAACUCCGCCAUCGCCAUUUGGUGUCUCUGAUUGGAUAUUGUGCGGAUGAAGAUGAGAUGAUCUUAGUAUACGAUUACAUGGCACGUGGGACCCUCGCCAGCCAUCUCUACCACGCAAACAACCCACCUCUUUCCUGGGCGCAACGACUUCUGAUUUGUAUUGGUGCGGCUCGUGGGCUGCACUACCUUCACAGUGGAACCAAGGGCACUAUUAUCCACCGUGACGUUAAGAGCACCAACAUCUUGUUGGAUGAGAAAUGGGUGGCAAAGAUUUCGGAUUUCGGCUUGUCAAAAAUGGGGAUGACUACCACAUCUAAGACUCACAUAAGUACGAUGGUCAAAGGCAGUUUCGGGUAUCUGGAUCCGGAAUAUUUUCGACUUCAACAGCUAACUGUGAAGUCUGAUGUAUACUCGUUCGGUGUUGUGUUGUUUGAGGUUUUGUGUGGGAGACCGGCUCUAAUGCAUACGGUGGAGACAAGGCAAAUGAGCUUAGCUGAGUGGGCUAGGACUUGUCAUGGAGACGGAACACUUAACCAAAUCAUUGAUCCAAAUGUGAAGGGUGAGAUUGAAAUCAAGUGUUUGAAUGUGUUCAUUGAUAUUGCUAUGAGUUGCAUACAUGAUAAAGGAAUCGAACGGCCGUCAAUGAACGACGUUGUGAAUGCCCUUGAGUUGGUGUUGCAGCUUCAUCAGAGUUGCAUUGAAAGGAAUAGUCACAAAUGACAAUCAGGUGGCCUUCUACCGCCUAAACUAGUAGUAGUGAGCAAAGUUCUUCGGAAAAGGAACCCAUCCAAUGUAUAUCUGAGACAUCUUUUGCGUCAAAUCUCGAGUGCUGUCAUAAAUUGAGUAUCUUACGGUUGUAUGCGGGCACCAUUGAGCUCACUAUGGUUCAUACUUCAUAGAAUCUUUGUUUAUAUUUUUGUAUUGACACCAUUUAGCCCAUUGUGGCAAUAAAAUCACAAUAAAAUCAAAAUGCA